AUGGGAAGAGGGAAGGUAGAGCUGAAGAGGAUCGAGAACAAAAUAAACCAACAGGUGACAUUCGCAAAAAGACGAAAUGGGUUGCUAAAGAAGGCGUACGAGCUCUCAGUUCUGUGUGAUGCUGAGGUUGCUCUUAUCGUCUUCUCCACCCGCGGCAAGCUCUAUGAGUUCUGCAGUGGCUCUAGCAUGGAGAAGACACUUGAGAGGUAUCAAAGAUGCAGUUAUAGUGCAUUGGAAGAGAGUCAACCUGCUCAGGAUUCACAGAGCAGAUACCAAGAUUAUGUGAACCUAAAAGCAAAAGUAGAGGUCCUACAGCGCACGCAGAGAAAUUUUCUUGGGGAAGAUUUGGGUCAUCUAGGCACCAAGGAGCUCCAGCAGCUUGAGAAUCAACUCGACAUGUCGCUGAGGCAAAUCAGGUCAACAAAGACCCAAGUUAUGCAUGGUCAGAUUUCUGAUCUUCUGAGGAAGGAACAGAUGCUGCUGGAAGAAAACAAUGAACUGAGAAGGAAGCUGGAGGAAUGUGACGCAGCCAUUGAAAGAUAUUCAUGGACAACUGAGGAGCAAAAUCAAAAUGUUCCAUAUAGCAGCCACCACCAGGCUGCUCAAUUUGAGGGAGUCCUUGACCAUUCACAAUGCAACAAUACAUUGCAGAUCGGCUACAAUCCUCCUGCAGUAACGGAUCAUCAUGAGCUACAAUCCUCAACGCAAAGUCAUAGUGGAUUAAUCCUCCCUGGGACGUGGAUGCUCUGA